CAAAUCUCAUGGGUUCAAAUCCUGCCAGGGCCAACUCAGCCCUUCCAAGGUGGAUGAACCAGGUAUCCUAUGACUCACUCUGUGCAAGUAUUUGAGGAAAAAGUUGAGAGAAUCAAGGUUGUGAUCUAAAUGGAUCCCAGGGCAGCUUUCAGAAGAACCAGGGUUUGCAGAAAUACCCUUGGCUGAAAUAUUUCCUCUUCUGUAUGCCAGCUGCUGCCCUUCUUCCCAGAAGUGGCUGCCUUUCACUGGUGCUGUACACAGGGCUAAGUUGUGCUCCUUUUGAAGUCAAUGGAAGUUUUGCAAUUUACAUCAGUGGAAGCAGCCUUGGUUCCUUCAUGAGCUCCAGACAAAAUCCGAAGUGCAGAUAGAUCAUCGGUGGAGGCAAACAUUUAUUUAUUUUGAAUUCUCAUAGGCCUUUCCCAACAGCUCUCCAGAGCUCAGCUCCUCCCAGGAAGUCACAAGAGCAGCUGAAGCAAAUCAGAAAGAGGGGUGGAGGGUGUAGAAUGAGAAUGAAGGAAGACUAGGGGAGUUGUGCUCAUGUGCUGAACUGUGCAGAGUAAGACUGGAGUUUAUCUCUCUAGGACUGGAGUCAGUGGUUGCAGUGGCAUGCUCAGGAGGUCUGGACUGUCUCUGGGUCAGUACUUUCUGAGAAGGAAGAACUGUGCUGGAUUUAGCUGGUACUUCAACAAGACAAAAAUGUCAAGGCUGGUUCAAGCGCGAAGACUGGAGGGAAUAGACAAGAAUGUCUGGGUGGAAUUUGUGAAACUGGCUGCCACUUACCCAUCCGUGAACCUUGGCCAGGGCUUCCCUGACUUUCCCCCACCAGACUUUGUGAAGGAGGCGUUUAUGAAGGCUGUCGGUGGGGGGAACAUCAUGCUGCACCAGUACACCCGGGCCUUUGGACACCCGGCGCUGGUGACGAUCCUGGCCCGCUUUUUUGGGAAGCUGCUAGGGCAAGAACUGGACCCUCUGACCAACGUGCUGGUGACGGUCGGGGCAUACGAAGCUCUUUUCUGCUGUUUCCAGGCUCUGGUUGAUGAAGGCGAUGAGGUGAUUAUCAUUGAGCCGUUCUUUGACUGCUACGAGCCGAUGGUGAAGAUGGCUGGGGGCACUUCUGUGUUUAUACAACUGCGACCAAAAGCUGCAGAAGCCGGAAAGCUGAUGUCCAGCGGAGACUGGCAGCUGGAUCCAGCAGAGCUGGCUUCCAGAUUUACCGAACGGACCAAAGCCAUCGUUUUGAACUCACCCAACAACCCCCUGGGGAAGGUGUUCACCAGGGAGGAGAUGGAGCUCAUCGCAGACCUGUGUGUGAAACACGAUGUCCUGUGCUUCAGUGAUGAAGUGUACGAAUGGAUGGUCUAUGAUGGGAAGGAGCACAUCCGGAUUGCCAGCUUGCCGGGCAUGUGGGAUCGCACGAUAACCAUUGGGAGUGCUGGCAAAACCUUCAGCGCCACAGGAUGGAAGGUUGGUUGGGCUUUGGGGCCUGAUAGCCUUCUGAAACACCUCAGAACUGUCCACCAGAACUCCGUGUAUCACUGUCCGACAGCGGCUCAGGAAGCACUGGCUCAGGCAUUCCAAAGAGAGUUUGACAGCUAUGGGAAGCCAGACAGUUAUUUUGUCCAGCUGGCUCAGGAGCUGCAGCAGAAGCGAGACUGGCUAGUUCGGAGCCUAGUUGCUGGGGGUCUGAAACCCAUUGUCCCUGAGGGCACCUACUUCCUCAUGGCAGACUUCUCAGAGUUCAAAAGUGAAGUACCUGAUGUCCCGGACUCUGAUGAACCCUAUGACUCUCGGUUUAUAAAGUGGAUGAUUAUAAACAAGGGUUUAGUUGCCAUUCCAGUCUCUGCUUUCUACAGCAGUCCACACAAGAGGAAUUUUGACCAUCUCAUCCGCUUCUGCUUUGCGAAGGAGAAAGAAAAAAAGGUUGACUGGCGUAAAUGGAAACAAGAAAAAAAAGAAGAGAAGAAAAAAUGGAAGGAGAUAAAGCUAUUGAAAAAACUGGAAAAGAAACGAAUGCAGGAGGUGAUGGAAAAACAAAAAGAAGAAGAAGAAAAGGCAAAGGAAGACAAAGGACGUCAUUACACAGUUAGUGUAGCUCUGCCAGGCUCCAUCUUGAACAAUGCACAGUCUCCAGAGUUGCGGACAUACCUUGCUGGGCAAAUUGCCAGGGCCUGUGCCAUCUUCUGUGUGGAUGAGAUUGUGGUGUUUGAUGAGCAAGGAGAAGAUUCAAGGACUGUGGAAGGGCAGUUUGACGGGAUUGGAAAGAAAGGACAGGCCUGCGUGCAGCUGGCUCGGAUUCUACAAUAUUUGGAGUGUCCUCAAUACCUGAGAAAAUCAUUUUUCCCGAAACACCAGGAUCUGCAGUUUGCAGGACUCCUGAACCCAUUGGACAGCCCUCAUCAUGUGCGGAUAGAUGAGGAAUCAGAAUACCGGGAAGGAGUGGUGUUAGCCCGGCCUACCAAGCCAGGCAAAGGCUCCUUUGUUAACUGUGGUAUGAGGAAGGAGGUUCAGAUAGACAAACAGCUAGAGUCUGGUCUUCGAGUCACUGUUCAACUGGACAAGCAGCAAAAUCCAGACAGUAAAACACAGAAAGGCACUGUAGUAUCCUCGAACCAUCCACGGACUGUGUCUGGCCUGUACUGGGGUUACAAUGUCCGCUUAGCCUCCUGCCUGAGUGCUGUUUUUGCCGAAUGCCCUUUUAAAGAAGGCUAUGAUCUCUCUAUUGGGACCUCUGAGCGAGGGACCUGUGUGGACCAAGCAACUCUCCCCUCCUUCAGCCAUAUCCUAAUAGUAUUUGGAGGUCUCCAAGGCCUGGAGGCUGGUGUGGAUGGUGACCCAAACCUGGAGAGCACUGACCCAAGUGUCUUGUUUGAUGUUUACCUGAACACAUGUCCCAGCCAGGGCAGCCGCACCAUCAGGACAGAGGAAGCAGUACUGAUAUCUCUGUCUGCACUGAGACCCCACAUUGAUGAGGCCGUGAGGAAAGCCCAUGGUAGCUGAAGGGGGGAAAAAACUGAGACUACCUUCUCUUGCUUUCACCUGCACCAGCACUCUUCCUUCUCCUCAGAUAGCUCAUUCCAAGUUAUGCUAACCCUACACCUGGGAAGAGCUGCUGGGUAAGUCCCCAAGGCAGCCUGCUACACUCCAGCCUCUGAGAGUGAUCAAGAAAAGCACAGUACCAUUACCAAAAUGGCUACAGCUUUUUAACUGACUCAAACAUGAGUCUGAGAUUAAGUACUGUGACUCUACACUGGUUGGGGCUACUUGGAGUAUGCUCCCCAAACUAAACAGUGCUGGUAAAUGGAUCUAGCUGCUGCCUCACAUCAGCAUGGGAAGCCUGUCAGUGGAUCAUGCAGCACCAAGGGAGGUGCUGGAAAAAAUAAAACUGAACUGUCAUAUUUAGUGCACUGGAGUUUUUGAAAGUGGGGGUUGAGGCAAAGAAUUAGGGACCUGAUCUCCCAAGGCAUUGAAUGCCUGCUGUCUAAGCACCACUAAAGAGCAUGGUCUAAGUAGCUAAUGGCCAUUUUGGGCCUUUCUACCUCAACAUUACUCUUGAGGGCUUCUGGACACUGUGGGGCAGCUUCAAGAUGAUAUAUGCAAGUUAACUGAUGCAAAAUGGUGCUGUGUAACUUCAGUGGCUAGGAGGACCCCCUUUUUCAAGUCACUGUCUGAAGAGCAGCUCUUUUGCUGCAAGGCUGCACAGUAACAUGACCAUUUAAACUGACAUACAGCAAUAGGUACCCACUAUAACAAAGGAGGUGAGUGUAAAUUUCUGGAGAUCCAGUCAAUGCAUGGAGUGCCUGGGACGCUCCUCUGGCUAGUGGACAUAAGCGUCACAACUGAACCUAUGGUUGUACCCCAUCUGAACCUCAUAUUGAGGUAAAGUUUUAGCACUGGUGAAAUACUAACACUUUCUUGCAAGCAACAAUGGUGCUGUUGGGCCAGCUACAGUAGGUAUACAACCCAGACACUGUAGUGUAAAUGGUCCUUCAUUUCUUUUCUGUACAGGGAGGGUCUAGCUCCCUUAUGGCCACUUAGAGUCAAGCCUAAUCAUUUUGGCAGGAGCCUGUUGGUAUUACAAUGUUAACUUCCUAAAGGACACUACAGUUCCUGUAAGCACCAUGGGCCUUAUAAGCCACCAAGGAUGGGACUUCACUGAUGCCCUCACUCUUA